AUGAUCACCAUCAUGAUGCUCGCAGACACCGUCGCCGUAACAACUACCAAAGGCCUCAGCGUCCUCCGCGACUGUCAAUCCACCUGUAACUUUUCCCUCACCGAUUCGGCUACCGAUCAGAUCUCCGCCAUGAUCCAACCUUACGACGCCGUCGCACCGCCUCCCGUGAAGCCCACUACGUACAGGCUUCGACGCCGGACACUCCUCCGGAGAAAACAACGAACCAAACGCAGAUUAUCUGGUGACCACUCCGGGGACACCGGGAACGACGUGUUCCUCUUCGGUGACGGCGGAGACAUUCCUUUUGGCGGAGCCGGUGGCUUCGGUGGCGGCGGUGGCGGUGGUUGGAAUUUCAAUAGAUUUGGGGAUGGACACAAUUGGGAUGAACCCUCCUCUUCAGUGCCGGAUCCAGCUUUUGAUUUUGUGUAUCAGGUGCUGUCGUGGAUUAUGCUUUCGAAUUGCUUGCAUUUUGCGGUAAAAAAGAUCAUUCGAAUUGUUGCAGCAGGAUCGAUUGUGGAUUCCGGUAGGGAAAAGGUUCCCGCCAGAUUGGUUCCAAUUUGCUGA